AUGGUGGCACAAGUUUCACUGCUAUAUCCUGUGAAGGUUGUGAUAGACCAUGCACAGGAGCACGAACUUGAAUCAUUUACCAGAAGUUGUAGAUCAGUUGCAGGGAAUUCUGAUGGGUCAAAACAUUUUGAUCAAGGAUCCUUGACUAUUUCAGGUCUGCAUCUGACUGUGCUCCCUUUUGCAAAGACGAGUUUUUUCACUGAUAAGAAGGAAGUUCAGAGAUCUGCAGCUGCACUGGGAUAUGUCGCACAUGCCGUUUCACUUAUUGCUUCCGACUUGGGAAUUCCUUUGCGUUAUCCUUUAAGAGUAGGAGGUUCUCGAUCAUAUAUUCGUGACCAUGCACCUUCAAUUGAACCUGCAUCAUCUGAUUUGGCAUCCAUAUCAUCAGUUUCCAUGAGUAUGAAGCGGAUAGAAUUUCCUCUCUUUCUACAAGGGCAAGACUCGAUGCGAGCUGCCUAUGCUGUAUUCUUGCUAAACAAGGAUCUAGAGCAGCUUUUGAAUUUCGUUGGCGUUAACAGUUUAGGGCCGCGGCAUGUACUGGCUAAUUUGAAGGAGCUCCUAAGGACCAUUCUCUCUCGAGAAUACAUCGAUACAUGA